GUGCUCCGCAGCCUGUUUGGUUUGAGACUUCAACAAGGAAAAGGCUACAAAUAAGCUGGCUUUGACUCUCUGUCAUGAUAGGACUGUAAUCCAAAGUUGCAAAAGGACUUUCAAAGAAUCUUGGACUCUCUUAUAUCUGGCCUCCCCAUCCCGUUGUGAUCAGAGCACAUGGAACUCAUUCAAGAGUUGGAGGACUUGAAUGUGGGGCUGUUGAUGCUGUGCAAUCCUUGCUGAAAAUCCUUAGAGGUUGAAUUCUCCAGCUGCUUUUAUAUGGGAGUUGGGAAUUUUGGGGCACUGUAGAAGGGCAAUGAAGUGAACUCUCACCCACUCAGAGGUUACAGAAGCACAGACAGUUGAACCUAACUCAGAUACAUGCAAUUCCCCUUCACAAUAAGAGGAUACCCUGCUUGUUGACCCAUUUCCUAGCCUGGGAAGAAAGGAGCUCCAUGGAGCCUGACGGCGCGAGGCUGAAGGUCUCAUCUGCAUCUACCAGCUGAUACUCCAGGGGAAAGAGGCACUUUGGAGAGAUGAGCCCAGCAGAUAUACCCCACCUCAGCUGAAGAGAACAAACUGUCAAUUAUUAAAAAGUGCCUUUGUGAAGUCACUUUUAUGAGAGAGGAUUGCGACGCCUGAAUGUGUUUUCAAAAUAUUAUCUCUGCCAGCUAGACAUCGCCCUGACCUUAUAUGUCACAGAAGAAACCUCAACUGUCUUGGUUUGCCAAUUAGUUGAUGUGAAACUGGCUUCCAUAUUAAAAAAGCUGAAGAAAGAAUUACUGCCAGGACGUGAAUAAGCUGACUGCAUUGCUUUUCCUGUGUAAUCAAUACCAGCAAGCGGCCUGCAAAGAAUUAAUAUUAUAUCGAGGAGUGCCAUUGCACUGAAGUAACUUUAUUUAAAACGGUUGUGUCAGUGAUCCGAUCAAGAGACUCAGAUAUUUUACAGCCAGAGAUGCUACUGAGCAUGAUUUUUUUGCAGCCAAAAGUCUACAAGUGGGACAUAUUGAUUGAUGAGUGAUUGCUUGCUGAUAAAUUGUGUUUGCUCAUUCUGCUUUGUGUGUAUUGGGCUCCAUUAAGCAAUUUAUUACUUCAUUUCCAAUAGAAAAAAAGCACAGAGCUUCUCUCAACUAUAGUUUUUGGAUUUGUUGUAGAUUGCCUUGGCAUAAUUCACUUAAUAGUUAUUCACAAAACCUAAAUCAGUUUUUCAUCAUGGCUUUGAAUGUUACUCCUGUAAGAGAUACAAAAUGGCUGACAUUAGAAGUGUGCCGACAAUUUCAGAGAGGAACUUGUUCGCGUUCUGAUGAGGAAUGCAAAUUUGCACAUCCCCCCAAAAGUUGCCAGAUUGAAAAUGGAAGAGUUAUUGCCUGCUUUGAUUCCCUAAAGGGUCGUUGUACAAGAGAGAACUGCAAGUAUCUUCAUCCACCAACACAUUUAAAAACUCAACUAGAAAUUAAUGGCAGGAACAACUUAAUCCAACAGAAAACUGCAGCAGCAAUGCUUGCCCAGCAGAUGCAGUUCAUGUUUCCAGGAUCACCAAUUCAGCCAAUGCCCACAUUUCCAGUAGGACCAGCAAUAGGAACGAACACAGCUAUUAGCUUUGCUCCUUACUUAACACCUGUAACCCCUGGAGUUGGGUUAGUUCCGACUGAAAUCCUACCCACACCGCCUGUUAUUGUUCCUGGAAGUCCCCCUGUCACAGUUCCUGGUUCGACUGCUACUCAGAAACUCUUGAGGACUGAUAAACUGGAGGUGUGCAGGGAGUUCCAGCGAGGAAACUGCGCGCGGGGAGAGACCGACUGUCGCUUUGCACAUCCUGCAGAUAGCACAAUGAUUGAUACAAAUGACAACACUGUAACCGUUUGUAUGGAUUACAUAAAGGGGCGUUGCAUGAGGGAGAAAUGCAAAUAUUUUCACCCUCCUGCACAUUUGCAGGCCAAAAUCAAAGCUGCUCAACAUCAAGCCAACCAGGCUGCAGUGGCAGCUCAAGCAGCUGCUGCAGCUGCUACAGUGAUGGCCUUUCCUCCUGGCGUUCUUCACCCUUUACCAAAGAGACAAGCACUUGAAAAAAGUAAUGGUGCCAGUGCCAUUUUUAAUCCCAGUGUCUUGCACUAUCAACAGGCUCUUGCCAAUGCACAGCUGCAACAACAUGCAGCGUUUAUCCCAACAGAUAAUCCUGAAAUAAUCAGCAGGGAUGGAAUGGAAUGUCAAGAGACCUCAUUGAGAAUGGCAAAACAUUGUUAUUGUACAUACUAUCCUGUCUCCUCCUCUCUAGAAUUGCCACAAACUGCAUGCUAAGUAAACAUUUUGUUCUUAUGGACAGAUCAGAAAUUCUAAAAAGCUAGUGCUGCUGUAUUAUAUAUGAAUAUUACAUAUGGUAUGCUUAAUAUAUUCCAGCCUAAAAUAGUUAACUACCUGAUACCAGCUGUGAUGUUUCAAGACAUAAAGGGUAACAUUUUACUUUUAAAGAUUUUUAUAAACACAGUUUAAUUCAUAGGAAUAUUUAUUAUCUCCAUUACUAUAGCUAAUGCAAAUGGCCCCAUUAAUUUAGUGUUAUAAGAUUCACAAUUUUAUGAAUCUUUCAAGUUUAGCAAUAAUCAAUUUACGUUGACUAAAAUAUAUCCCAGUUCCAGGUUUGAUUUUUAACCCUAAUUAUUGUUAUUGUAACGGAGCAGAAAAACCAGAAGUCCUGUGUUUACUACCCUAGUCUGAUGACUCCAGUACGAAGAAAGGAAGUGAAACAAAACCCAGGACCCUGCUCAUCACCCUGUAAAUCUAAAAAUGUAAUAGUAAAUCCAACGUAAAGCACAAAUUUUUUAGCUAGACAUAAGCUGAUAUUUGACUUGUAUAGAGAAGCUGCAUUGAAUCAUGGGACAGCAGAAAAAAAUUAAAACUUUGCACGGUAUGAACUUCAUACCCCCAAACAACAGAGUCUUAAAUAUUAUUUUACGAGUAUAUUUAUAAUGUUUUUAAAAGAGACUUUGCAGAAGUGCCUAAAUUUUGCCACAUCAGACUUGAAGGAAGUGAGGCUGAUGCCAAUAAUCUAAUCCACAAUAAGUGAGUAAUCUUUUAAACUCUCAGUCAGGUUACCUAAAAGAACCAAGUUGCUGCUGGGGUAACUUCUAUCAAGAGCAACAACAACAAAAAGGCUGCAGAUGAGGAGAUUUGUAAGAUAUCCUAAUUUAACUAAAAUUGAGUUCAGUCACUGAAAACCUGAUAAGUGACUUUAAUCUAGAUUAUUAACUAAACAUUAAAAAUGUAGGGAGAGUUUCAGUUUAAUAAAUCAUUGCUGUUCUUGCAUUUUUUAAAAAUUGAAUUAAAGGGUUGUAACCGGAUUACAGCAUGGAGAGAAAAAAAACUAGUUAUUUUAACCUUUUUCUUUAAAAACAUAUUUUAUGUCACAGAAAUAUGAAGAUAUCUUUAAUACAACUAUAUACAUAUUAUAUAUAUACAUACAUACAUAUAUAUGGAUGAAACAGAUUUUAAUGUUUACUUUUUUAAAUACAUUGUUGAUUUACAAGGUAAUUAUAUAUGUACAAUUAAAAUUUCAUUUAGGUUUGGUUUAAGAUUUGUUUCCAGCACUACUGUACCAAAUAUUUCAUAUUUUACAUUUUGUAUGUUGCACAUUUCACAAGUACGUAGUUUUAAAAUUAUUGUUUAAAAAUGAAAACAGCUGUUAUAAGUGAAUAUUAUGUAUAAUUGUUGGCAACAUCAGUUUUCUGUGUGGACAUAGUUAGUGAUUGCAGUAUUUUAACUUAACCUUUUCAAAAUGAUUGUAAACUAUUUUAAACGUUGGCAGCACUGCCUUUUCUGAAAGGCACUAGAGGCACUAACGGUAUGAUUAGUUGUGUAGGAAAUUAUUUUCUGUUCUAAAUUUUGUUUGUCAAAUGUCUAAUUACUAUCUAUUUAUAGUAAAGCUGUAGAUCUGAUCACUCGAAAGAAAAAAAAUCACAAUCUGAUUGUAAAAUUAACAUAGUGGUUGUAAUGUUGCAUUUGUUUUAUUUUGUGGAAAAAAAUGUAUCUUAACUCCUGUUACUUUAGCAGUUAAGGUAUCAUCAUUAUGUACUAUUGAAACACUAAUAUUUGUAGACUUUCUCAGUCAUUAUUACUAGGUAGUUGACAUUGCAACUUGCCUAUAUCUGUCGAAGUUGUUUUUAUUUGUUUUUAAUAAUAGUUCAUUUAGACAUUUUGGUAGCUUAUUGUACAAGACUAAAUGGUAAAUUAUCCCGAUUGUUUAAAUAUUUUAUGUAGAGGACUGUUUAAAACAUUGUUUUGUGCAAACUUUUUAUGUUUCAUGAUGAUUAUUCUAUAGUUUUUUACAGUUACUUCAGUACUACUAUUUUUUGCCCAUUCAUGACAUUCAGACAAACCUACAAAACAAAAGAGAAAAUGUAUUUUUAAUAUGAGAUCCAUGUUCCAACUUUAUAACUUUGUGAUAUUCCUAAAAACUGUACAAGUACAGAUCUGUGCUAACAUAAGGAGGCAAUUGCACAGAUGUGCAAAUAAGUGUUCAACAGAUUCUGCAUUUUAUUUAUUAACAAAUAAUUUUUAGAACAAUUACAAAUUUGGGAAGAUCUAAAACUAUUUUUCUGUAUAAAUAUCAUUUGCCAAAACUUUUUUUAUAUGUUUUAAAAAGAAACUAUGAUGAUGAGUAAACCUUAAAUGCUUUAUUUAAUUUUAAUAAAUAAAUAAACUCCCCAGAAAGAACCAUGAGAUGGGCCAACAUCGAAAUAGUAAAUACUAGAGCUGAGACAUGAUUUCAAGUUACUUGAGAUGUCUCAGUAUUUAUUUUCUAUAAAUGAAACAGCACUUCACCAAAAUACCUUAUCAUUUGCCUCUUUCAUACAAAAUGUAAUUGACUGCACUUAUACUGAAUAUUUCAAUAACAGUUAAAGAAAGCCCUUCUUUCCUGCCUUUUACGGUAACCAUUAGCAAUCUGUUAAAUAUCUAUUAUAUUUUUGUUGUAACAUUAAGUUCAUUCACCCAAUGUGCAACCGCUCAAAUAAAAAGAAGCAUUUUAAAAUGA